AUGUCCAACCACAGUGGAAUUGAUAAUGCCACCCUAUCAAUAUUGCAGAACAAGUGGUCUAAUAACCUUAUCUCAGCCAUCUACGUCAUGGUCACACUUGUAAACCUGAGUGGCAAUGGAGUGUCCAUGUGGGUGUUGUUGUUUCGCACGUCGCCAAAGACUCCUUCCAUUAUAUUCAUGAUUAACCUUACAAUCACUGAUCUCGCUUUGGGCUUAGCUCUCCCCUUCCAGAUCCUGUACCUAAUGCAAGGCUACAACUGGACCCUGGGCUCAGCCAUGUGCAACAUACUCACUGUCAUCUUCUUUGCUAAUAUGUACUGCUCAAUUUUGACGAUGACCGCUAUCAGUGUUGAGCGCUACCUAGGCAUUGUAAGACCUAUGCAAUUCAGAGGGAAAAAUGUGAAGCUUAGUUAUGCAGUUCUGACAUGCAUUUUUAUGUGGGGCAUAGUCCUGGCAGUUCUCAGCCCACUGGAGAAAACGGAUCUGACAUUUUACGUGAGCGAGCUGAACAUCACCACCUGCUUCGACAUGCUAAAAAAGGACAUGCUUCCAUCAACUGCAGACUGGGCAGCCUUCUUGUUUGCCAUGUUUGGCAUUCUUUUCCUCUGUCCUUUUAUAAUAACUGUGUACUGCUACAUAAGAAUAAUCUGUGCUCUGGUCAAAACUUCCAAAAGUAACCAGAAAGGUCGUGCCAUACGCCUGGCCUUUACUGUUUUGUUCGUCUUUGUUGUCUGUUUUGCACCCAACAACAUAUUACUGCUGGCUCACUCAGUCACAAAGCUUUUUUAUAACAAAUCUCUCUACAUGUACUAUAAGCUUUCCCUGUCACUUAGCUGCAUCAACAGCUGCCUGGACCCAUUCAUCUACUAUUUCGCCUCAAAGGACUUUCGGCGUAAGAUGAGACAGAUGAUGAGGCUGCGGAACUUCAGCACAUUGGACACAGAAAUGUCUGAAGGCCGCCGAGACAGCAUGUUCUCAGCUCGGACUGGAUCUAUUGUUAAGGGAGACAAUGAGCCCAUUAGCCAGGCCCAUUCAAGUUUCUAG